UAAGUAAGUUAAUAUAGGUACCUACCUACCUAGUCACGAAUAUAAUUUAGCCGGUCCUUUAACCGCGAACCAACUUUGAUAAAUGAGCCGCAUAAUAUCAAGCUGUCAAGGCCACAUUGAAGGUCUUAGCACAUCACCUAUGAAUACCAAGUUUUCAUUGGCAAUAUGCCUAGCUAGUCGUCAGAUUAGAGUACUAGAGUGAGACGAGAAAACAUAAUAUGUAAUUCUUCUUCGACAUUCGCGCGCUAUGCCGCCCUACCGUAGAGCUAUCGCGGCCGUUUGCGUUUUUGCCCCUCUUCUCUACAUAUACUGGCGGACAUUCCUGGUUCCUGACACGUCGAAGAGCUUUAGAAGUUGGAACCUGGACGAAAAAGAAGAUGUGUUUGAUGAUACGUUAGGUUUCUCAAAAAUCUUCGUUAUCAACCUGCCGUCGCGGAAAGAUCGUCGAGAUGCUAUGGAUUUAGCAGGUGCCGCCAGCAAUCUCACAUUCACAUGGAUUGACGGCAUACCGGGCGGCCAGGUGUCAGACCGUGAUGUGCCUGUUCGUAGAGGAAUACAUUCGUCAUCGGGGGCGAAAGGGUCCUGGAGGUCGCAUAUGAAUGCGCUUCAAUCAAUUAUAAGUGAGAACCUAACAAGUGCGCUCAUUUUAGAGGACGAUAUAGACUGGGAUGUACGCCUAAAGUUGCAACUUCAGACUUUCGCAUUGGCCUCGAGGACCUGGUUAAAAGAGUCCAAGUCUGAUAAUCACCGAACCGUACAACUGUCCCCGGAAGCUGGCACGGAUAGUAAAAUUCACCAAACCACAUACGGGGAUGACUGGGAUAUUUUGUGGCUGGGCCACUGCGGUGCAGAGUUCCCCGACAGCCAAUCUCUCAUAUCGCCUCUGAGAAUCGAAAUCCCAGGAGACGAGACGGUCCCAGCUCCAAAGCAUCUCAAGCCUCAUCCAUUUGCCCUGAACGACAAACUCGGCGAACUAUACCCGCCGCAUACUCGCGUCGUCCACGCGUCCAGCGGGAACGUCUGCACCCUAGCCUAUGCCGUCAGCCGCCAGGGAGCCCGCAAGCUUUUAUCGCAGUUCGACGACCACUACGAUACCCAAUGGGACUUGAUGUUGCAGAAAUGGUGCGAGGGGAAGUAUGCUGUCGAGAACAAGUCUCGUCUGAAUCCAAGGAUACAAGAUGAUAGCGGGGUUGCUCAUGAGCGUGGAGGAUCCGCUCCCGUUUGCCUCACGGUACAGCCGCCCCUAUUCAGCCAUCAUUAUGCGAAAGGCGGCGCUUCUAAUAUCCAAGGCCAAGGCGGUGGCUACGCGAAGGGAACGGGCACGCCAUAUAUAAGACUAAGCGUACGGCAGAACAUCGACCGCUUAGUUGCUGGCGCGCGGGAGGAUGAGAUGGUGGACCAACUACCCGAUGACGGGGACACUAUAUGGAAAUAGAUGGGAGUUUAUGAAGUUAAUAUACCUAGGCUCUUUAUAUGUUUAGUUUAGGUCUACUAGAGAUACCACCCCUCUAAUCGCCCCUUGACACUCCACCAAACAAUAACACUCCCUUAAAAGAUAGGGAACGAAAGCAAAAAGCAAAAAGGAACAACUCCAGAAGAGAGAGCCUAGCUUAUAUCUCAUGAAAUAUGCCCACACCUGGAAUCGAACCAGGGAUCUCCGCAUUACUAGUGCGACGCAGUACCAUUGUGCCAUGCGGGCGUUCGUUUUCUCGAGCCGCUGUCGAACACGUUUAUAUUUAAGACCUUAAUUUACC